AUGACAGCGAUAGAGUUGAAACUGGUUCUAUGCUGUCUUCUUUGCCUCUUCUCCGUUUCAUCAGCGAUACGUCAACAUGAAGUGCGGUUUGUGGAAAAGGGAUCGACCCACUAUCCAUAUGCCGGCCGUGUAGACGUGUUUAUUGAUGGCGCAUGGGGGACCAUUUGUGCUUCUGACUGGGACAUGAACGAUGCUGAGGUGGUCUGCCGGGAGUUAGGCUAUGGCUACCCCUACGGUAUCGAGGUCGUUGGUGAUCCACCUGCUGGAACCGGUACCAAGUGCUUGUCUAGGGUAAAGUGUUACGGCCAUGAAGAUCUGCUCUCAGAAUGCGAAGUAUACCCGACAACGCGAACAAGUAGUACAAAUGACAAGGGCAUAGUCUGCUAUCCUCCCCCAAAACAUGAAGUGCGGUUUAUGGAAAAGGGAUCGAGCCACUAUCCAUAUGCCGGCCGCGUAGACGUGUAUAUUGAUGGCGCAUGGGGGACCAUUUGUGCUUCUGACUGGGACAUGAACGAUGCUGAGGUGGUCUGCCGGGAGAUAGGCUUAGGCUACCCCUACGGUAUCACGGUCGUUGGUGGUCCACCUGCUGGAGCCGGUGCCAAGUGCUUGUCUAGGGUAAAGUGUUACGGCCAUGAAGAUCUGCUCUCAGAAUGCGAAGUAUACCCGGUUACGCGAACAAGUAGUACAAAUGACAAGGGCAUAGUCUGCUAUCCUCCCCCAAGUGAUGCGGGUUUGCAGCUCAAAUACGGACCUGAUCAGUAUUCAGGCUAUGUAGAGGUCAAGCUGGCAAGUGGCAGUUGGAGUCCACUGUAUAUUUAUUAUGAUGGUUGGGAUUUGUCUCUGUAUCAGUAUAUCUCGAACAUCUGUCGUCAGCUUGGAUUCGGGGAGCUCAACUUCUGGGAUAGUUUUGAAUAUAGCAGCACGUACAAUGAUAUUGGUGCUUUCGUAGAUGAAUCCAUCCCGGAAGCUGGAAAACAAACUCACAUUGGUACUGAUUUCUAA